AUGAAAGAUGAAAAGCUGAAACCCUAUCAGGAGUACUUGGAGGGGAUAAUCAAGAAUUUUGAAGAAAUUACAUUCGAAUAUUUGCCAAGAGUCAACAACAAAUUUGCAGAUGCUUUGGCCACCCUCGCCUCAAUGGUUGAAUGCAGCUCAGAUGCCCAGAUUCGACAAUUUAUGGCAGACAAGAGAUGUGAGCCGGCAUAUGAAGAAUCAGUGAAUGUCUUGACAGUUGAUGGAAAAAUAUGGUUCACCCCCAUAAUUGACUUCAUCAGAGAAAGGUGGUAUCUUGAACAUUUCACAGUGGGUGAAAAGAAGUGGCUACGAAAGUACACCAUGCAAUUCAUGAUCUAA